AUGCUGAUCGACACUGGCUCACCGGUGACUAUAAUCAGCGCGGAGACUCACAUCCCCGGUCUGACGCUGCGGCCGAGUGAGCUGCACCUCACGUCAUUCACCGGCCAGCAAAUCCGUCUGCGAGGCGAGGCCGACGUCAACGUGGAGACGGACGGCCGAGCGACACGGCUGCGACUCGUCGUGUCCGACAUGGGCUCUCACCGACCUCUCAUGGGACGAGAGUGGAUCAAGGCGCUGAGGACGGCGUCGGGUCUGGAGACGCUGAACGUGUGCCCGGUGGCGACUCAGCCGACGCUGAAGGAGGUGAUGGACAAACACCGUGAGGUGUUCAAAGAAGAACUGGGCAGAAUCCCGGUGAAGGUGGCGCUCAGACUGAAGGAAGGCGCCAAACCGGUCUAUCGACGCGCCAGACCGGUGCCGUUUGCGCUACAGCAAGAUAUCGAGCGGGAGCUCGACAAGUGGCUGGAUCAAGGGAUCGCCGAGAAGGUGCCUCCUGGACACUUCUCCGGAUGGGGUACGCCGCUCGUACCCAUCCCCAAGAAGGACGGCGUGCGGCUGUGCGCGGACUAUCGGAUCACGGUGAACCCGCAGCUGCAGCCUCUGAAGUAUCCGAUGCGCACGCCGGAGGAGCUAUUCGCCAGCAUACGAGGGAAAAAGUUCUGCAAGCUGGACUGCAGGAACGCCUAUCUCCAGUGUGAGCUGGACGAAGAGAGCCGAGAGAUGACCACCGUGACCACACACCGUGGUGCGAUGCGGAUGAACCGUCUCCCGUACGGGAUCAGCACCUGUGGAGCGCAGUUCCAGGCGAUCAUGGACCAGGUGCUGGAUGGUCUUCCAGGAGUCGUCUGUUACCUGGACGACGUGCUGAUCGGCGCCGACAGUGACCGUGAGCUGAUGGACAGGCUGGACCGGGUGCUGGAGCGGCUGAAGGACAACGGCGUCCGCCUCAAGAAAGAGAAGUGCCAGUUCGGAGUCCGAGAAGUGGUGUAUCUCGGUUGGCGACUGUCUGAGGCGGGUCUGCGCCCGGUGCAAGAGAAGACGGCGGCCGUCACAGCAGCACCUGACCCUCGGAACGUGCAGGAGCUGCGAUCUCUGAUCGGGUCAGUCAGCUAUUAUCAGCGGCUGCUGCCCAACCUGUCUACCGUGCUAGCGCCGCUCUACGCGCUACUGAAGACGGGCGUCAAAUGGGCAUGGACGGCGGAGUGCGCCGCGGCAGUGCGCCGUGUGAAGGACAUGCUGUCCACGGCGCCGGUCCUGAUGCGGUACGACCCCGUGCUGCCGCUGCGGCUCGUCACGGACGCCAGUGCGACAGGAGUCGGAGCGGCUCUGAUGCAAGUGACGCCCGAGGGGCUCGAGAGGCCGGUACAGUACGCCUCCCGAACGCUCACUCCGACGGAGAGGAAGUACGCCCAAGUGGAGAGGGAAGCCGCAGCCGUCUCGUUCGGAGUGCGGCGGUUCCACCAGUUCCUGUUUGGUCGGCCGUUCACCCUGGUGGUCGACAACAGGACGCUCUCCAGGAUCCUAAACCCGGACCGUGAGCUGCCAUCUCUGGCGGCGGCUCGCAUGCAAAGGUAUGCGCUGCAGCUCGCGGCGUAUCAGUACAAGAUCGAGCUGCGCCGGACGGAGGACAUGAGGCUGGCGGACACGAUGUCCCGUCUGUCGGUGCCGGACGAGGCGGAGAACCGGCUGUCGGCAGAAGAGGAGGCGGCGUACGGCGGAGGCGCCGUAAUGUUCAUCGCCGAGCAGGGGCCGUGUCUGACCGCGCAGCAGAUAGCAGUGGCCACGCGCCGAGACCCGGCGCUCGCCCGCGCUCUGGCGGCGGUGCGAUCGGGCUGGCCGGCGGUGGUGGACCCGGACCUGGCUCCCUUCAAGAAUCGCCGAGAGGAGCUGACGACUGAGGCCGACUGUCUGCUCUGGGGCGGCCGAGUCGUCAUCCCGAGCAGCCUGCGCGACACCGUCAAGCGGGAGCUGCAUGAGGGUCACUUCGGCUGCACUCGCAUGAAGCAGCUGGCGAGGCGCUUUGUGUGGUGGCCGGGACUCGAUGCUGAGCUGGAGGCGCUGGCUCGCGGGUGUCAGGCGUGCGUCUCAAAGCGAGCUGAGCCGCCGCAGGCGACACGGCACCCGUGGGAGCCGACGGACGGCCCGUGGCAGCGGGUGCAUGCCGAUUUUGCCGGACCUCUGAAGGGCACCUGGUUCCUGGUGAUGGUGGAUAGUUUCUCCAACCAUUUGGCUCAGCUGGAGCUCGUCUCACUGUGA